ACCAGAUCAGUUGAGAAGACUGUGAAAGUGUGGAGUACUUGAGCAACCCCACACUGAUUUCAGCCAGUGUGAAUGAAGCAUCAGGGAGCUCCUCUCUAAAGAAGAAAAGAGUCUCUUCUGACAUCACAAUGAGCAGUCGAGUGGAUGAUGUGAUGCAGCUUUGCUGUGAGGUCUCAGACAGCAGGAAGAUUAAAGCAGCAGUGAAGAGCUCUGGAAAGGGAGCAGCAGCAGCGGGUGGAGGUGCUUUCGUAGGGGGAAUGGUCGGAGGCCCAGCCGGUAUAGCUGUUGGUGGUACUUUGGGAGGUCUGCUGGGAACUUGGAUGACCAGUGGCCAAUUCAAACCUUUUCCUGAGAUCAUUGCAGAGCUUCCCCCUAAAUACAAGGAGAUCCUGUACUCUGAUGUCAUGGCUGCUCUGGGCUCUCUGGACUGGACAGAUGUGGCUAGUCUCAUUGCUCUGGUUAUGGGAAGCUUCACUCUGCAGGAGCAAGUUCUUGCUGCUAUAAACACAUACGCCACCAAAGAGCUCAAUGCUGAAUUGCAGUAUGGAAAGUGACCAGUAAAGAGUUAAAGCAAGCAGCAGUGUUUCCUUUCCAAUUAUGAAAUGCAGACAGAUCUGCUUCUGUUCCUGUUUUUCUGCAACUUCUCUUCUUUAUUAUUAAAACAAAACGCAAUAUCA